AUGAGGGAGCUCAUGGCCCAGAUGCAAGGCCAAGGAGGUUUCCCCAUUCCCCCAUAUGCCCCCCAUGGGCACUAUCAGCAAGAGGACGAAGUCCAAAGUCAUAGGGUUGCCUCGCCAGACUAUGACCGAGGUGAAAGCCCAUUCGAGAGGGAAGUGGGAGUUGACAUUUCCUCCAACUAUGCAUCUGGCCGACCCUCCGAGGUCCAAAUGAGCCCUGAUAACUUUCCACCUCCAUACGAGCAAGACCCAAGACAGAGGAGAGCAGGAAGUGUUUUUGACAGAAUCAGCCUUGCCGAACCAAAACCCAGUCAACAGCAGGCUCAGCAACCUCGCACGAGGCCACAGCCUCCACCUCCGAUGCCCCAGCAGCCGGAGAGAAGGUACGAGGCCGAAGACUACGAUUCUGAUGAGCAACAGAGGUCUUGUGACUUGGACGAUGAUGAUGAGAACCUGCCGUUCUCAAGAGAGCUGAGAAAUGCCCAGGUCCCGAGCUACUAUGUCAUGCUAAAAAUACCAAA